AUGCGAUCAUUUAUAUCUAAAAAUAGAGUAGUCUUCUUAACUUCAAUAGGAGUAGUAGGUUUUUGGUAAAUGUUUAUUGAAUAUUUCAUAGUGCAUACUAUAUGAAAAUGAGCUUUAAAGAGAAAUAUAAUGUAGAGAAAUUAUUUAGAAAACAUGAUUAACAUCAAUAUUUAGAUAAAUAUGAUAGAUCUAUAGAUUAGAAAUUAAAAACUAACAAUGAUAUUAAAAUUAGAUAUAUUGGUGAUCAUUUUUUAGAGGCUAAAUUAUUAAUUAAGAUAUAUGGCAAAUAAUUAGAUAUUGCAGGAGAUGCUUUUCGUUAAUUGAGUAAGUUAAAUUGGAUUCUGAGAAGAAAUUUGAUGAGAUAAAAUUAAUAAUCAUAUGUUGAUUGUAUUGUCUAAUUUAUCAUGGAUGUUGAAAAUAUCUUAGAUUAGGCAUUAAUAAGAUCAUUAUAUGAAUUAGAUGUACCAAAAGAGAAAUUUGAAGAGAGUGUACUUGCGAGAAUGGAUCAAGAAUAUUUUUAACAUUUAUAUAUGUUCAAAACUAGUGUAAAGUAAAAGAUCAAAGAGAAAAUUAAAUUAACUAAGAAAAUAAGUUUAAGAAAAAUGAAGGACAUUAUUCAAUUUAGUGUACAGAUGCUCAAGAAUUUCCCUUAAGAAUAUCAAGAUAUUCUACAUCAAAUUAUAUAAUAAAAAGAUUAUAGAAAUAGAUUUAAAAAAAUUUGAUGUUGAUACCAACUCUUAUCAACUUAAUUAUAUAAGAUAAGAUUUAUUCUUAAUUUGGAGUUGAAGAAGAGGAUUAGACAGCAAGUCUAAAGAAUGUAUAAGGUGAUAAAGAAAUUCAGAAUCUUUUAAAAAGAGGUUAAAUAGAAAUGAGUAGAUUAUUAAAAAAAAUAAAGAAUUAAAUUCCUAAGAAUUUAGAAAAUGUUUUUUGA